UGAAAUCGAGUGACUUCGCCGCAGUGGUGUUCGGAAGUGCAAUUAUUGUUAUUAUAAGUGUUUGUUGGGUACCAAUGUGCGCCGCCAAUCCUCUCGCUAACGGUGGAUUGUGCGACAAUUGCGUUUGCGGGGUGCGCGGAUCCCGAAGCACGCGCAUAGUUGGCGGGAACGAAGCAGGCGCCCACGAAUUUCCCUGGCUCGGCGGUCUGGUCAGAUCCGGUAAAUUGUACUGCGGCGCCAGUCUACUCACGACGAGGCAUCUCUUGACUGCAGCUCAUUGCGUGGACGGAUUCGAUCUGCGAGAAAUCAAGGUUUUGCUCGGUGCACAUAAUGUCACGUCGAAAGACGGCACAAAAGUAGGCUUAAAAAACGCAUGGGUUCAUAAAGGUUUCGACAUUUUCACUUUCAAUAAUGACAUCGCAGUUCUUGAACUAAAGAAUCCGGUUGAAUUCAGCCCGAAGAUCAGUGCAGUCUGUUUACCGGAAACUGGAUAUGGAGAUUACGAAGGUGUACUCGGCGUCGUAGCAGGAUGGGGCCGCUUAGAUGAACGUGAUUCUUUAGCCGAUACAUUGAGGAGUGUUACUGUUCCUAUAUGGUCCAGGGAACAAUGCCUUGAUGCUGGAUAUGGCAAGAAACGAAUAUCUGAAAAUAUGAUUUGUGCAGGAUACCACGAUGGAAAGAAAGAUGCAUGCCAAGGGGACAGCGGUGGCCCCAUGCAUAUGACUGGACCCACCGGCAGUGUUGAAAUUAUUGGUAUUGUGUCAUGGGGUCGAGGAUGUGCUCGGCCGAAUUUGCCGGGCAUUUACACGAAAAUUACAAACUAUUUACCAUGGAUCGAAGCACGAAUUGGCGGUGAGUGCACUUGCCCUAGAAAACAAGCCUAA